AUGACGGCCCUCACCAAGAAGAACAAGAGGUACGAAUGGACGGAGGAUUGUGAGAGAAGCUUCGCGGAGUUGAAGAGAAAAUUGACUAGUGCUCCAAUUCUCACUCUUCCAGAAAGUAAUGGGGGAUUCGAUAUGUAUAGCAAUGCUUCCAGAUUGGGACUCGGAGCUGUACUUAUGCAGAAUGGAAAAGUCAUUGCUAUGCACCAGAUGGAACUCUUGUCGUUGCCUGCCCAAAUGGAUAGAUUCUCAGAGCUAUAUUCUAAGGCUUGUGCAGAGUCCCCGAUAAUAAAUCAAUCCUUGCAUACUACUCAUUACCAGAAUAAGGUGCUGCGGGACAAGGUAACAGAAUUGGAGCUUCAGUUAAAUGACCUCGCACAAGCUAGUUAUGCCCUAAGAGCUGAAAUAAAAGACCUGACCAGAAGGAAUAUCCAUCUGGAAGUAUCCCUGGCGCAGGCUAACCAUAAGCUUAAAGGCCUUCAAGCAGAAAAGAGCCAGAUUGAUGUCGUGCACUAG